AUGUUGGAUAUUCCUAGUUCUGAAGUGAAAUUAAAUAAUAAUAAUGAUUUUUAUAAAAUUGAAUUUCUAUCAAAAAAGUUACAUUGCGCAAUGAAAUGGUCAGGUUCUCAAGUGAUAAAUGUUAAAAAAUUUAAAUUUUGGCUUAUGCGUUAUAAAAAAGAGUUAUCCUUGGAGGAGAAUGACAUAAAUUGUAUAGUUUUAGAGGAUACACCAUAUGGGUGGUCAGGUAUUACCAAUUAUUGUGUUGAACAAUUAUUUUUUUUUCCUUAUGGAAAACAAAUUGAAAAAGAUGAUGUCUUGUUUUAUGAACAGUUUGUUGUCCUUCGAAAGGUUACAAUUUUUGACUAUAAAUUUAAUUCUGACUCUUGUACAGCAGCAAUAGAUAAAAGUGAGGCUAAAAGUAUUGUAAAAAUUGGUGUUGAUAGAUAUAACAAAACUUUUAGACCUGAGAUUUUAAUGAUUCAGAAAAUUUAUUAUUCUGAUAUUUUUUAG